GGAGGGUCAUUUCGUCUCUUCGCCUCAACAGGAUAGGAGGAAGAGUCUGAAACGUCGGAAUUUCGAAAAGGAACUUUGGUUCUGUAAGAAGCCAGCCAAUCAGUCAUUGAGCAGUCAUGGUUUUCCACAGACACACAAGCAUUCUGAUUGUCUUAAUGGCGAUUGUAAUACUGGCGAGCGAAAUUCAUCUCUCGUCUGCAAAACAACGGAGCUGGAGAAAAUUGCUUUAUAUUCCGUAUAAAAAAUCUUCAAGAACCAUACGAACCGCAGGUGGGUGUUCGGCGUUCGGACAUUCUUGCUUCGGGGGUCACGGCAAGCGAACGGACGGGAACGCCGUCCUGAUUCCGGGGCCAGAUUCCGACCAGCAACCGCUACUGGUGUUCCGUCCAGAAGAGGAGGAUGCAGACGACGCGAUGGUCCAGCAGGGCGCUCUGCCCUCGGCGUGGUCGGCGACCGCGGGCAUCUCCCCCCGCCAGCCUCCGCCGCUGCCAGCAAAGUACAACCUCACUCCCUUCUUGAGGCAAUGGUUCCAAGCCCUCCGACACUCCACGGGCGACGUUGAAGCGAAGUAGACGGCGGCUGGCUUCCCUGACGAACGCCGUUCGUCCGUUCGUCUUAGACUGCCACCGAAACCACUUUUAUCUGACGCACCCAAUGAACAUUUUCGAGCGAGGGAAGGAGACGCUCUGUCUUGCAAAAUGCAUGUUGUAACAGUCACUGUGCUUAAGUUUCUUAUUAAAGGAACGCUUUAAAUAUGAGUUGUACUUCCUGAAGAGGUCAGCUCUUUUCAUGUUGUCUUCAUUUAACAGCAAAGUGUAAUGCUAUCAAUUUGUUAUAUUAUUGUGUGUUGAUUUCUGUCUUCUGGGUUGUUGCGCCGUGUAGUCUGGUCGAUGUUUACCAACGUUUCGGAGGUCAAACUGCCUCCGUCAUCAGGGCGAUGAAUGUUCCAGUCU